GUGCCCUCGCCGUACUCUCGAUCGCAAAUCUACCACACAAGCAGAACGCCAGGGUAGCGAUCGGAGGCCUCGGAAGUUCGCCCCCGUGAUCGAUUUAAACUGCGCUGUCAGGCUUGCCAUUACCGCCACGACCCUCUGCCCCGAUUGCAGGGGACCCUCGUUGUUCCGCGGAGUCGAAAUCAUCAGAAACUCUCACAGAAUCCGAUUCGAUUCCAAGCAUGAUCAACGCAGACGAAAUUGUUGUCCUCGACACAGGCAACAUCAUCAAGUGCAAGCAGUUAACCAAGCAAGACUUCGAAACUCUGUCGGAUGAGAUGGUAGAAAGCGUCAGACACUGCUUGGAUUCGCUAUCGAGGAGUUUCGCGAACGUGGAUACGAAGGUUGAUUACACACAUGAGAACCAUUCCUCGGUUGUAGAAGCAAACGACAGGGACCAAGUACGGGUCUGCGUCAAAGUCUUCCUCACGCGCUUCGAAGAGAACGCGGUCCAUGAUGCUGUGCACAAAGCCCUGACUCAACUCGACGUGAACCGAAUCGAGUCCCUCAUCGUGGCGUUCCCGCCAAGCGGAAACCAUAAAAUAGGAUUACUGCAAAUGCAGCCGGUGUGGAGAGCUUGCGAGGAGCUAAUAGCUCAAGGAUCCGUUUGUUCGGCUGGAGUGGCGGAUUUGGAUCUGUCGCAGCUGAGCGAGCUCUAUCAAUGGGCUCCGAGUUUCAAGCCGACAACGAACCAAUUAUGCCUCGAUACGAUUUGCAAUCUACCGAAAGAGAUGACUGAGUUCGCCGCCGAGAAUAAUAUUCAGCUCUUGAGCCACGGAGAUGAUAAAGAGCUCACGAGUCGAGUAAACGUGAGGAGAAUUCUCCAUGGCUUCAAAGGAAACGUGGAUGAUUGGAUCUGUGAAUUCGCGACUCGAUACACUGUAUCUUUCCAAUGUAGAGGUGUUCUCCACUCGAAAGGUUAUAUUGUCAAGCUCAGGCGGGAAUCGCGUUGAACUUUCCUAUUUGCUUGAAUAUGCCUAUUUGUUACAUGCAUUGACCCUCCCUAGCUCUCGAUUCAACAUCUCUCAUUCGGUCGCUGCUUCGGGAGGAGUAUCGAGGACUGUACCUUAGGUAUAGGGCCAUUGUUCUCAACUCAGUCGAAUCUUUUACUGGACGUUGUGGGAUUCUCGAUCCGACGCUUGGAUGAUGCGCUCAAUCGCUCGUAGAUCUCAACGAGAUCUGAUAGGAAUUCGGAGAAAAUGAAUUAGUUAUCUUUCCUAUCGAUUUUGAGGCGGCUCAUAUAGAACUCGAGUAUCGACGGCGUCCUCAGAGCACAGAGAGGAUCGCGAGCUUUACUAUGAAUAAAUAUACAUUUGA